AUGUUAAGCGUAUAUCUGGAAAUUUAUUGGCCAAAAGUUCAUAACAUCAUCAUUUUCGCCAAGAUCCAUGCUGCUUAUACAAGAAAAAAUGACACGAUGCGCAUUCUUUAUAUGUACAAUGAGAAUGAUCCACCUCAUGGGUUUGUUAAACUGGGAAAACUACCCGAUCCUGCAUCGUCAUUUCGUCCAUACCGACCCAUGCUGCUUACACAGCGAUCCCAUAUCUCGUACAGGCACAUGGAUCACGUACGCAUUCUUGAACUGCGCAAUGAAGAUGUCGAGAUGCCAAGGGCUGAUGACACGUUGAUUUGGUGCAAAAUGUUCAAGUUAGAUGACUUGAAGCAUAAACAUCAUCUAAUAAGGUAUGAACCAAUUUACGACUCACCAUCCAGUGUGCAUUAUUUGCAACAUAUCACACUGAGAGAAUGCCAUGGCAUGCAUCAGGAACUGGAGAUGAUGGCACGCGAACAAGGCCGACAGUGCAUGGGAGCACGUGAUAUUCCUUUAGCAUGCAAUGCCAUUGUUGCCUCAUGGUCACAUGGAUCUAAUAGCUUUACAUACCCAGACGAAGCUGGUUAUCCUAUGGAGUCUCGUCAAGCAAAAUACUAUCUAAUGGAAACACAUUACAGUAAUUUGCAGCCAGAUUUGCAACAUCUUACAGCAAGGCAAAUGGCAGACAAUUCAGGACUAAAAAUCUAUUUUACUCACAUCCUGCGACCCUAUGACGCUGGCGUUCUUUCAAUAGGCAUUGACCCUAACUGGCGACACAUUAUACCUCCGGGACAAAAGAAAGUUAUAUCGGAUGGCCAAUGUAUCGAAGACUGCACAGCUUAUGCCUUUCCUCCGGAGGGUAUUCGAGUGUUUGCUGUAAUGAUGCGCACCCACCUUAUUGGCAAGGAAGUAAAACUUCGUCAGAUUCGGCAAAACGAGGAAAUGCCACCAAUAGCACACGAUAGUAAUGUUGAUGCCUUCUAUCAGGACUUCCGCCGUUUAUCGACUCCCGUGCAGGCAAUGCCAGGUGACAGACUCAUAACCGAAUGCAUUUAUGAUAGUUCAUUACGCAAGGCUAUAACGCUGGGUGGUCUGACGAUGAAGGAGGAAAGUUGCAUCGUACUGACUAUGUACUACCCACGUCAAAAUAAAUUAACCACCUGCCACUCUCUUCCCAGCCUGCCAACAGUUCUUCACUCGUUGGGUAUCGAACAGCUUGCAACGGAUUCAAAUCCAGUGAUAAUAUCAGCACCUCCAGAACUGGCAGGUAUGACACUUGAAGCAAGGCUUCUAUCAUAUGACUGGCAAAAUCAUUUCAACGAAUUCCAAUACACAACCAGACGUGGAUCGUUUAAGCCAUUAUGCUGGGGGGCCAGAAAUCAAGUAGUUCCGUGUAAAAUAGUGUCACCCGCACACACUACGUACGUAUGUACAUUUGCCGCAACGUAAACCUACCGGAAACGCAAGUAAAGAUAGGAACAAACUCAAAAAUAGCAUAUUGUCUAUUUGCUUUCAGAACAGUGAUUAAAAAUAAUUUUUAUGCAAUUACGGAUUGCAGACCAUCUGUAAUUUUCUCCUAAUUUAUAAAAUUUUCCCAAAUCAAUAAAUAUUUACAUAAACAAAAACAAAAAUCAA